GCCCAGCUGGAUUGCGGGCGGUGCCCGCCCAAGCGGGCGGAGGGCGCGGCGGCCGCGGGCGCGGCCCCCGGGUGCCUCGCGGGCGGCAGGUGCGACCUGACCGGCCUGGCCGUGCCGCCGGGCACGUUCUCGUGGCACCACGCGCGGUGA